AUGGCUUCGUUCAAGUAUCUAACAUGGCGGUGGUUUGUCAUCUUUGCAGAGACAAUGCCAAUGGCAUUGUCAGCAUUUGCCGUGUUUUUCCUGCCUGAAUCUCCAAGAUAUUUGUUAGUUACCGGCAGGCAAGAUGAAGCGGAAGCCUCACUACAAAAGAUUGCCAAAAUGAAUGGUUUCAAGAAAGGGUAUGAGCAGUUGGAAGAGGGUGAUUCUAAAAAUUGCGAUAUAACAAAGAUUGGCGACAAAGAAGUCAAACCCGAAGAGCAGCCUUCGAUGUCUGAGGUAACGAAAAGAAUUGCUGCGGUUUCCUUUUUGCAAUUUUACGUAAAUGCUCUUGGAGAAACAAUGCGUUUUGGCUCAAUGCAGUUUGGGGAAAAUUCCGAUAUUUCGGAGUGUAGAAAAUGUUCGGAAAACCUGACGUACAAAUAUCGUUGGGCUGUGAUGAUCGCCCCUUUAUUUUCUUUUGUUGCCGCUUACUUGUUUUUGGGAAAAUCAACAAGAAUGCGCACUUUUAAGGUUUUAAUUUUCUACCUUGCUCUUUGCCUUAUUCCAUUUUACUGGGUUUUGCGUGGAUGGUAUCUCAUGGUUGUGAUGGUUCUUACUUCUAUGGGUACAUCGACGCUGAAUGAUGUCCUUGUAGUGUAUAGAGCAGAAAUCAUUCCUACCUCCAUGAGGGUCCUGGCUUGCGGGAUUCCUGAAGCUUCUUCUCAGCUGGGUAGUUUAUUUGGACAGAUAGUUGUCCUUUAUGUUCACCCUGUUAGCAUUGAACUGUCAUUUGGUAUUUUACAUUGUUUUACCGCAUUCGGCUUUCUAGUUUUGUUUAUUCGUCUUGUAGAGACAAGAAAUAAGCCAUUGGAGUAA